UAGGGUAAAGCUGCAGACCCGGAGACUGCAGUUUUAGGACCGCUGCAGAUUCAGGACCGCUGCAGUUCUAGGACCCUACUCUGCCGCCUAGCGACAUGAGUGAUUAUUACACAGUAGGCGGGACCAGCGAGAGAGGGAGUGAGUGGGGUGCAGGUGUAUGCUAAAGGCUUUUCUCCUCAUAGCUGUUGUCGUCGUCGAAUUGUGUGGCACAGUUUGGUGCACGAUGGAGUACAGUCGGAAUAUGCAUAUAACAAUUCAAGAGGGUCGAGCUAUGCCUAAACUGGAAAGAUGCACCACAUGCUGCAAAAAGUUCCACUGCCCAUUUUGCUCUUCAUCUUUGUUCAACCCAACAAAGUUAAGCAAAGUCAAAACCCAUUUAGAAAGCCAUUUCAGCCGAGCUGUUUUCCAAAAAGAGUACACCAUUCACAGAUGUGGAUUAAAGUGCAGACCACAAUUGCAUUACCAUUGUAUCCACUGCCAGUCAACGCUGUCACGUAAAGCAGACUUCAUUAAACAUGUGUCCUUGUGCAAGGAGAAGGACUCUUCUGUACCCCACAUCCCAGCUAAAACUAACCCCACCACCCCUGCUCCAAAAACCACCACCACCCCUGCUCCAAAUACGACCACCACCCCUGCUCCAACAACCACCACCACCCCUGCUCCAAAUACGACCACCACCCCUGCUCCAACAACCACCACCACCCCUGCUCCAAUAACCACCACCAUUCCUGCUCGAAUAACCACCACCACCCCUGCUCCAAUAACCACCACCACCCCUGCUCCAGCAACCAUCACCACCCCUGCUCCAAUAACCACCCCCACCCCUGCUCCAGCAACCAUCACCACCCCUGCUCCAAUAACCACCCCCACCCCUGCUCCAGCAACCAUCACCACCCCUGCUCCAAUAACCACCCCCACCCCUGCUCCAAUAACCACCACCACCCCUGCUCCAACAACCACCACCACCCCUGCUCCAAAUACGACCACCACCCCUGCUCCAACAACCACCACCACCCCUGCUCCAAUAACCACCACCAUUCCUGCUCGAAUAACCACCACCACCCCUGCUCCAAUAACCACCACCACCCCUGCUCCAGCAACCAUCACCACCCCUGCUCCAAUAACCACCCCCACCCCUGCUCCAAUAACCACCACCACCCCUGCUCCAACAACUUCCACCAGCUCAAUUUCAGCAACCUCCACCACUGUCAAUGUGACAACCAUGCCAAAAACACAGGUGAAAAGCAUCUGUGCAAAGCACAAAUGUCCCAAAUGCCAGGUUGUCAUGAACAAAAAAAAUUUAAAAAGGCACCUUGAAAGGAAACAUACACACCAAUAUAAGGACAUAACAGCAAGUUCAAAUCUCCAGAGUGAAUGCAUAGAUCCAGAGAAUGGAAUUUAUACGGUCUACAAAGCUUUUCAUGGUACAAGUGUUCCUCUGCAUGUUCAAAAUAAAGUAUGGGGGGAAAAUCAACAUGUAUCCUGUGAAUCCACUGAGUGUCAAGUGAACAUGGAGUUGGCAUGGAGGAGUGGGAUUAAGGCAUAUCAGUGCAUACACCUCAAAUCAAUAACAUACUGUGCAUUGUAUGCCUCCUCCCCUGUACUUAAUGAAGAAACACUUACUGAGAUGGUGAAUAGCAAGUGGUUUGGUGAUGAUAAAAAGAAGCUCUGCCUUGAUCGCCAAAACAAGGCCAAAAACAGCCAUGUACCUCUGUCUGUGUGCUCUAGAAUUGGAACCCCUCAGACCAAAAAAUACAUAUCGAUUUAUGAGCCCACAGUUUCAUACUACAGUCGAUUGGGAAGAGUCAUGGUGACGUACGACACCAAAAAAAAUUCAUGGCACUGUCCUUGUGCCAGGACAAAAAGAUCAUGCCCACAUAAAUACGUAGCCAAAUGGCACUUGUUCCAAACACACCGUGAACUGUUCAGGAAAGUUCGGAGCACUGAGGAGGGGAAACACCUGAGUACAGCAACAGAGGACAAAGACAGUAAUGAUGAGGCUGAGCUGGGUAGCCAGUUAUACCCACCAAAAGAUAUACAAAAAUUGAAGGACAUCACCAUGUAUAUUUACAAGUACAAAAAGUUACCUGCUGUUCUGCCAGAACAUUUGCGGCUUCCAUCAAUGGAAAAAGAAUACCCAAGACACCUCAUACCAGAGGAGUUGAUGUGCCAGCACUGCCCAGGCAAUGUGCCAUUGAGUGAUCCAGUUCUCAUUACACAGAAGGCCAAAAUCCUCACAAACUUGUGUAUUGUUCAAGGUAGUGUGAUUGGCUUUGCAGAUGUGUCUACCUACUGUAAGUCUUGCCAUCAGUGUGGAGCCCAGUAUCGGUACCAGGAAUGGAAAGAUGGCCUACAUAAUUUUAAUGAUCACGUUCUCCUUUCCCUUCCAUUAUGCCUAACCAUAAGGAACAUGCUACAGGUUCAUACUGCAGUGAGCAGGGUCAUAGAGUAUUUAGAACUCACUACAGGUCAAAGAUUUCCCUCAGCUGAUACAGUUCUCCAAGGCUAUCUUCAUUUUGAGGCACUUACAGAACAUGAUUAUCAGUACUCUUGUAUGACCUGUGGUGAUCACCCACCUGUUGUCAUUAUGGACCUGCAUAAGAAGGGAGCUUUCCAUUUGUCAGUUAGUGACCUGCCACAACCUCCAGUGGACUUCAAUGGAGAAGUUGAUGUGGAACAUUUUUGGGAGGCACUUUCAAUGGAAAAAAUUGGUCGAGGAUUUGUAUCAAGUCAACAUAACAAUCCAUUUGCAGUUCCACCAAGUUUCAACUUCUGGGCACCAUGGAUAGGGAAAAAGACUCGCAGAUCAAACCUUGUCCUUAACACAGAAUUUGAAAAAGUCCGUCCACAAAAACUGGCAGAGGUGUGUGAAAUAACAGUCUCUGAAGACCGGCUGAGAGAAGAACUGUACAAGCAGAAGGUUCAACUUGUUAGAAAAUUAUGUAGGGAGUGUGGAUUGGAUUCCUCUGGAUCGCGGACUGACCUCCUCCUCAGACUGUCCAAAGAAAUGCAGUCAAGGCAGACAUAUGACAAGGUUUUUCAAAAGAUUUGGGCUGCCUCAGGUGGUUGGGCUGUGGUUAUGUGCCCAUGUGGCAUUGUUUACAGUAUUAAAUGUAACAUCCUAGCAGAAAGCCCACGUGACUUUGCAGACAUCUUGUUGUCUUGGAAACACAUGCCAAAUAUUGUUAUAUAUGACUUUGCACGUGGAUUGGCAACACACCUUAAUCUCAGAGAGCCAGAAAGAUUACCCUUCACACCACAUGAAGGACGGUUAAGGGCCCCAACUGCAGACAACAUAGCCCAAGCCAAGGAUGGAAAACUUAAGGUGUCACUACCUUGGCUGAACUGCAAGAAACAGAUUCCAGACCGUGAUGGUCAUCCAAUAACUGGUUCAGCAGAGCAUUAUGCGCUCUAUGAUAAAUGUCAUGAAGAUAACACAAAAGAUGCCCGUGAUUCCUUGCGGAGAAUUAGUCUGGUCCCACAACUUGCCGGAAAAGUCAACAGUCAAGUCGCUGAACAGUUGUUUGCAAGAUUGAGUAAAAACAAUUACUUCCUUAAUAUGGCAUUACCAUCAACUCAUCUUUUUCUCACGAGAAACAUCAUACAGCAUUAUAAUAAUCAUAAAAACAAACAACGAAUGGACAACAUCAAAAAGGUUUUUGAAGCUGAGGUAGCAAUGAACAGCUACAGCCAGGCAGUGUUAGGAAAUAUGGUAUCCUCACAGGUGUUCACAACUGAUCCAAUGGACACUGGUGUACCAAGUGUUUCAGCGGAAGUAGUGCCCCCAAAACCACCUCUCGCCAUGCCCCCAACAGUGACUCCGGCCCUCACAGUGCCCCUGACAGGAACCAUGGCCCCCCCUGUGCACCUAACAAUGAUGCCAUCUACAAUGUCACCAAGUGUUGUACACCCUGCCGUGCCUCUUUCUGCUAUGCCAGCCCUCACCUUGCCACCAACAGCAAAACUGGCCCCUGCUAUGCCUUCACCAGCAAUGGUGGCCCUUGGCUAUUUAGAGGCAAUAAAGCCCUGGGAAAAAGACUGGAAUUCAAUCCAGAGCCAACUGCUCAAUUAUGUGCUGGACACAGGACGACCAGGAGCAGAAAUAAUUGUGAAAGAAGGGUCCAUGUGUCUCACACGAGAAGAAUUCUGGAGUUUAGGUUUACUUAGAGACAUGGAUUCUAAUAUUGGGAAUGCCUGCAUGAAACUGAUCAGUGAAGCAGCUUCUCUGGUGGGCAAAGACGUUUAUAUCGAAGAUAUGUACGUUGUUCCUACAUGGAAACACAAUCCAACCAACAUAGUUGCCAAUUUUCCAGAGGAUGUCGACAUGAAAGACGUUUUAGUCUUUCCGGCUUGGACCAAAGCAAAUGGACCAGAGCACUAUGUUCUAUGUAUCAUGAAGCCACUCCUGAGAGAGCUGAUCUUUUUAGACUCCCAGUACCCAAUGCAUGAGUCUGGUUUUGGUGACGAUGAGUAUAGAGCCAUAUUUAGGAAUAUUGCUCAGCAAAUUGAUCCUGGGAGCUGGAUUGAGAAGACUGGCCAUGAUAUUGUGGGCUUACCACAUCAAAGCUGUGGAAAUGACUGUGGAAUUUUCAUGCUAAUGUAUACCCUUUCCAUCAUAACAAGCAUGGGUUUUGAAUUCCAGGAGGUGGACAUGCCUUUGAUCCGAAAGUGGUGGUGUCUUCUACUCAUGGAGCGCUUCAACAUAGAAGGCCAUGGCCAAAGGUUUGCCUUCUGGACUGAUGAGGCCAGAAAAUUGCUAAAGGGAAUCAUUCUACCAGUGUAUAGAGUUGCAAAAAAGAGGGCUAUCACUGAGGAGGUUCCAGUCCACGUGCAGGCUGUCGCUGACCGUGACGAAGAAGAAAAAAAGAAUAUCAAAAACAAGUAUAUGGGUUUGUGUCUUUCUUUGUAA